AUGAAGAUCAGAGAGAAUCUCACAACAAGUAAGAAUCAACAACAACAACCAAGGCUUCUACUUGUUUCGCGUAAGAAAACUCGGAAAAUUAUAAAUAAAGAUGAAGUAGUUACUAUGGCUAAAAGCUUGGGAUAUGAAGUAACUGUAGCGGAACCUGGAAGUGGUAUGGAUUGCUCGAGAGUUGCGCAAGUCGUGAGUACAUGUGAUGUGAUGCUGGGAGUCCAUGGAGCUGGUUUAACUAAUAUUGUUUUCCUUCCCACAAAUGCAAUACUUAUUCAGAUUGUACCAUUGGGAGGACUGGAAACGGUAUGCAGGAAUUAUUUUGGAGAACCAGCUAAAGAUAUGAAAUGGAGAUAUUUAGAGUAUAAGUUAAGUGUGAAGGAGAGUUCUCUAAUCGAACAAUAUCCACCUGAUCAUGUUGUUUUUAAAGAUCCGCUUUCAUUUUCAAAAUUAGGUUGGAGUCCAGAAGGUUGGAGCGCACUCAGGGAUGUAUAUUUAGACAAACAGGAUGUACACAUUGAUGUUCAUAGAUUUAGACCUACUUUGUUAAAAGCACUUGAGCUUCUCCGCAAUUGA